AUGUCGGCGCUUGAAACCCUACGUUUGGAGGUGGGGGGGAUUACCGACCUGCCCGCCAGUCUCGGGCAGCUGCAGCGGCUGCGGCUCCUUUCAGUUACCUACUGCGACGAUUUAAGAUCACUCCCUACCUCCCUUUCCUGCCUGCCUUCCCUGACGGACCUUAUUCUCGCCGGCCUAACCCUGCACCAUCUGCCGGACGACGUCGGUUUCCUCCCACACCUACACACGCUCGAGCUAGACGUCAAAACUCUCGCGCAUCUGCCUCACUCUAUAACCCUUGCCACUGCACUCAAGAAACUCACGCUGCAAAACUUCAGAGCUCUUCAAUCGCUACCUGAGGAUUUCGGGCAGCUGACUGUCCUGGAAACCCUGCGCUUAGUUAAGCUCCCGCAGCUUAGCAGCCUGCCUGCAUCGCUUGGUAACUUGACGAGCCUCAAAGAGCUGAAAAUAGCCGAGUGCAGCCUGCUGACGCAGCUUCCGGACUCCCUGAGUCAGCUAUCUUCCCUCGAGCUACUGCAAAUCAAUGACUGCUGCAAGCUGAGAUCGCUACCGCACGGCAUGGGGGAUGGCCUGCAUAGCCUGCGCAGACUGUAUCUACUCGACUGCACAGCUCUCGCCCACCUCCCUCCAUCCUUCUCCAGCCUCGUGUCCCUGCGAAUCCUAGCAAUCUGUGAAGCAACCAGCUUACGAGGCACGCUACCAGGCAGGCUGUCCCACUUGACAAGCCUCAAAGAGCUCUCUCUCUCCUCCCUGAAUGCCUCCCUCCCUGCCUUCGCCCACACUCUCACCAGACUCGUGGUCGUCAGGUCCUCGCGAAUCAAGGCGCUGCCAGAGGAGAUCGGACGGCUGGGAGAGCUUGUUACACUCAAGCUCUUACAACUACCCAACCUGAAGUCGCUCCCUCGCUCGCUGUAUCAGCUGCCGUGGUUGAAAUAUCUGCAAGUGAGUUCGUGCAGCGCAUUGGAGUCGCUGUUUGGGGAUGAAGACCAGGGGGGUGCACGCACGGAGGACGCACGCGCGGGAGCCGCUGGGCAAGAGCGUGGGGAAAGAAUCGCUCGUCUGGGGCUAGCUGGUCACACAGGUAGCAGCAGAGCCGCUGGCAGCUGUGGGGGGUCCGGGGAGAGUGGUACGAGUGUGUUGCUGCCAUCCCUGGAGGUCCUUGAGCUUGCAGAGCUUCCCCUGCAGCACCUCGGUGCAUGGCUGGGCUCCUUCCCAUCGCUAACAAGCCUGCAAAUCCGCAACAUGGAUCACCUCCAAUCGCUGCCACACUCCAUCUCUCGCCUCUCUCGCUUGCAGUCACUCGCGAUCAUGCAUGCCAAAAGCCUGCUAGCUCUACCGAAGACUAUAGGGAAGCUCUCACUGAAGAAGCUUCAGUCUCUUCAGAUUCACAACAGCCCGGGUCUAACGAGGCUUCCCGGGUCCUUCCCUGGCCUCUGCGGACUGCAGCGGUGUGCUUUGUCCAUUGUCGGAAUCUCGAGCUUUCCUUAUGACUUCUGGAAGAUCUCUUCUCUCGUGGACCUCUUUUUGACGUUCCUGCCCAAUCUCCGAAGCCUGCCCAAUAAAUUUUCGCAGCUGCCCGGUUUGGAGAACUUGGACCUGUACGGAUGCAAUCGGCUGGCCCGGUUACCCAGAGGGCUGCAGCAGAUGGGGAAGCUGCAGACAUGCAGUGUGAGUGAUUGCCCAGUGGUGGGGGAUGAAUGGAGGAUGGUGGUUUACCACCUGGCCGAGGGAGAGCAUGAUGUGGGUGCCUCGGUGGGAGCGGAUGAUCUGGUGCCAGGGGAUGGGGAGGAUGAGGAUGAGGAAGGGAAUGGGGAGGACGAGGAUGGGGAGGAAGAGGAUGGGAGAAAGAGGAUGGAGAGGAAGAGGAUGGGAGGAUGGGAGAAAGAGGAUGGGGGGAAAGAGGACGGGGAGGAAGAGGAUGGGGAGGAAGAGGACGGGGAGGAAGAGUAUGGGGAGGAAGAGGAUGUGGAGGAAGAGGAUGAGGAGGAAUUGGGGACAGAGGAGGAGGAUGAGUGGAGUGAAGGGGAGGAAGGAGAGGGAAGCGAAGGGGAGAGGAGUGAAGGGUAG